AACCCCGCAGUUCGAUACGAGAGCUGAGCGAGUGCGGACGCGCGUAGCGGACUAAACAGGAGAAGAACCGUUCGAGCGAAGUUCAAGCAAAUAAUAAAACGCGUGCCAAAACCAACAACAACAACAGCAGCAACAGCGCCAAAAAAAAUUGCAGCUGCAGCAACAGCAAGCAGAGCAGUGCGUGCACGCGUGUGUGUGUGAGAGAGAGAGAGGGAUAGAGACAUCAGUCAAGCAAAGCCUUUAGGCUUGCCAUAUGCACUCGAAGGCAACUGUAAAUAAUUGUAACUGUAAACACAGUCAGUAAGUGCAAAGACAGUUGAGAGAGCUCGAAAGUUUGAGACUUUGAAGCAAGCAUCGACAUGCCCGAAAUCGUGGAGCUAAAUGUGGGCGGCGUGCACUAUACGACGACGCUGAAUACCCUGCUGCAGGAGAAGGGCACGCUGCUGUGCGAGCUGUUCGAGGGGCCCGAGGGGCGCGACUCCCUGGCCAAGGACAGCAAGGGCCGUUAUUUUGUGGACCGCGACGGCGUCCUCUUCCGCUACAUACUGGACUUUUUGCGCGACAAGGCCUUGAAUCUGCCGGAGGGCUUCCGCGAACGGCAGCGCCUGCUGCGCGAGGCGGAGCACUUCAAGCUGACGGCGAUGCUGGAGUGCAUUCGCGGCGAUCGGGAUGCCCGCCCACCGGGCUGCAUCACAAUCGGCUAUCGCGGCAGCUUCCAGUUCGGCAAGGACGGCCUGGCCGACGUCAAGUUCCGCAAGCUGUCGCGGAUUCUGGUCUGUGGUCGGGUGGCGCAGUGCCGCGAGGUGUUUGGCGACACGCUGAACGAGUCCCGGGAUCCGGACCAUGGUGGCCCGGACCGUUACACGUCGCGCUUCUUCCUCAAGCACUGCUUCAUCGAGCAGGCGUUCGACAAUCUGCACGAGCACGGCUAUCGCAUGGCCGGCAGCUGCGGCUCCGGCACGGCUGGCUCCGCGGCAGAGCCCAAGCCCGGCGUAGACACGGAGGAGAAUCGCUGGAAUCAUUACAAUGAAUUUGUCUUCAUACGGGAUUAAGCAGAGCUGACGGGUUUCCUAUAAUCUUCUUAAGCUUGUGAUACGAUCCAAAAGUAAAAGUCAAAACGCCUCCUGCCAAGGCAACGGACAAGUAUUAACGAAAUCGAUAAGUUCUAUAUACGUAUAUAUUGUUUUUUACAAAUUCAUUUUCUUUUGUAUGGGAACAAAUCUGAGUAGCUCUUCCGAGCAUCGAGAGAGACUUUAGAGUAUGGUCUAGAAAGCAUCCCAAUAUCUGGCAUGAUUUAAGCCCACCUUAAUAUAUGUAUAUUCAAACAUGAGAGCAUCUCAAGCGUAAACAUUAAGUAAACAAUUCCCUCACAGGCAAACACCCGAGAACAAUCCAAGCAGAAGCCCAUUUAUUUACCAAUCAAUCAAAGCUAAUGAAAUAUACGAGAAAUUAUGGAAUCCUAUAAAGACAGGCUGAUGAAUAAUAACCUUCGAAAUUUACGCCUAUGAAAGAUGCGUAAAAGGCUAAACAGAAACCGAAACAGAAACAGGAAACUCGGAAAUUUCGAAACUUGAAAAUUUUAGAAUUUUGAAUUGAGCAAUGAGCGAGCUAAUGAAAGAAACCAGAAGCAAACAAACAAACAGACGUAAUUUGAAGAAAAUCUAGAAAUAAAUUUACAACAAGAACACAUAACAAAUUUAUACUUAUAUAAGGUAGGGCCAGAUUUGGAAGAUUUAUCAGCGAUCUUACGGCCACAACUACAACAAGGAACUAUUUAAAUACGGGUCACAACCAAAAUAAUGGAAAAUCAGUAAAGGAAAAUUUACUUUUAACGACUUCUUACUCACACCGAUUAAGAGAAUUGCAAACUUAGAGUAUUAGACUAUUCGAUAACAAAUGUACUCCACAAAUAGUUCAAGCAUUAAAGUAAUUAGCAAAAUCAAUUUCAAUAUUAUAUUAAAUACAUACAUAUAUAUAUAUGUUAUAUAUGUAUAUAUCAUAGUACAACAACAGUAAUACGGCUCUAGAUGUGAGUGUGCGUCCGGAGAUGCCCUGAACCCUGAGCUAGGUCAUAAAAUUGUGCUGCGAAUGCCAGGUUUUUGUUGUUGUUGAGUUUUUGAAAAAACAAAUUUACCUACCAUUGCUCCUGAAAUUUAGAAAUAUAUAUUUCAAAUUUAAAACUUUUGGCAUCUAUAGUUUUCGAGAAAAACGCUUUCAGAGGCAGGAUAGGCUCUGAAUACCUGUUUGAGCUAUGCCAUGACUUUUACUUUGUUCCUUUGAGAGAGGACUUUAUGCUAUCGAGCACUUCUAUCCGAUACAUAUACACAGAAACCCGUUUUAGCACCUGGGCUCAGGGCAGAUAAGCCACACCGGAAAAUAUUUGAAAUGCUUUGGAAAAUAGAUAAUUGAGAAUUUAGUCAGGAUAAUGGAUGAAAUUAAAAAUAUUUAAAAAUCGAAUACAAUUUAAUAAGUAUAUAUGUAUAUCUUGCCAAAUGUAAGCUCUAUAAAAGAUUGUCAUCCAAUUGUCAGUAAAUCAAUGAAAUUCUUUUAGCUUUUAUUUGCAUUCAAUUAAAAAUUGGCAUAGAGAAAAUCAAUGGAUCAGAAUUUAUAGAUAUAUUUAUUACGUUUACAAAUAUCAAAUUUUAAUAGGUUUUACUAUAAUUUGAAUAUCAUAAUUUUUAAUAAUUUAUUGAAACUUUAGCGGCUUUAAGGAAUGAAGUAUUAUAUAGUUAUAUAUAUUUAUGGCUUAUCACAUAUUAAUAUAUUUUAUCUCUGUCUUCUACUCGAUUUGUUAAAUAUGUGUUAUAUAUAUCAUGAAAUAUUCGAUCUGAUAAACUUCCAUUAAAUAAAAUUUGCUGAAAUAAAGUAAAGAAAAAAAAUUAAUAAUAAAUUUAUUGUUUCAACUUGAAACCAGAUAACAAUCAAACUAUAUAAAAUAUCAACGAUCUUAAAAAUAAAUUU